AUGCUGCGAGUCUGCACUGUUUCGGGCGAAGAAGCAUUAGCUUUGCCAUGGGCGGACUUCUUGGAUGCUGCGUGCGACGUGGAGCAUCCAGUUCGGAUGUUGAAACGGCGCUUGCAACCGGUGUGCGGCGUCCCUCGGUUCAGGCAGCGGCUUCUAACGAAGGAUGGCACCAUUUUGCGGGAGGAUGCUGAGUUAACUGGACCAACAGAAUUGCAACUGGUGGUUCUAAGCUUCUACCCAGCUUCGAUGGAGCAAGUCGCUGAGCUUGUGUCUGCUGCAGCCAGCAACGAUGUCUUAAACUUAGAUCGGCUUCUUCAAGAGCCACAAGACCCAGAACCUCUACAAGUGCCAAGUCCGUUGUGUGUUGCAUCAGGACAUGGGCACGUGGAAGUUGUUCGGCUUCUGGUAGAAGCCCAAGCAGACAAGAACAGGACUGACCAAGAUGGUGCUACUCCACUGCACAUGGCAACGCGCAGCGCGCACAAGAACGUGGCACGUCUCUUGCUUGAAGCCGCCGCUGAUGCAAGCCCGCCCAACCGGCACGGCAUCACUCCUUUGCACGAGGCGUGUAGGCUGGGCUUCUCAGGGCUUGUUGGUCUUUUGAUCGAGGCUCACGCGGACACGGACAAGCAGGACAUGCAGGGGCAAACUCCGGUGUUCUGCGCGGCUCAGAACCGUGACGAGCGGGUCCUCGAGCGGAUCCUACACCUGCUCUUGGAAGCUGCCGCCGAGACAGACCAGGCGACGAGAUUCGAUAGAUGCACUCCUUUGCAGAUUACCUGCGGCCAAGGUUUUCUGAAAAUUGCCCGUUUGUUGCUUGAAGCACGCGCAGACGCGACCAAGGCUGAUCGGCAUGGUUUAAGCCCACUCUUCAUCGCAGCGGACAAGGGCCACCACAAGGUUGUUCGCUUGCUGCUUGAAGCGAAGGCCGACCAGGAUCAAUCCACUGACCGUGGUGCCAGCCCGCUAUUCGCAGCAACCUCGCGUGACCAACUGCAAAGCAUAAGCCUGCUCUUGGAAGCCCAAGCAGAUAUGGAGAAAGCAGACGCGCGAGGUCUAACUCCUGUCUUUGUAGCCUCAUUGAAUGGCCAUGCCGGGGCUGUGCAAAUGCUAUUGGAGGCCCACGCGGACCCAUCCAAGGCAACAGGGGCCAAUGGUGCCACGCCCUUGUCCGUGGCGGUUCAUCGAGGAAACGUAGCAAUUGUUCGGUUGCUGUUGCGUGCGGGCGUCGAUGUUGACCAAGCCAAUCAUAAAGGUGAAACCCCUGUAUCCAUCGCAUUACAAAGGGGGCACUUGGAGGUGCACCGCCUGUUGCUGGAGAAGGACACAUGA